AUGUCUCCCAGCGGCGCAGGGAUGAGUAAGGUACGGAGGCACGGUAGCAGGGAGGCGGAGGCUGCAGCUCGAUCAGGAAUCACUAGAGUUCCAAACCUUGGUCCUGCAGUUUUUACUAAAAGGGCAGGGAUGAGUAAGGAUACAUUUAUUCAUUUGGACGUCUCUCAUCACAGAGCGGUUGCAGUGGUGAGGUUGCUAAGAAUCGAGAAGGGGAAAGCAUUUGUAGACCUUUUGAAUAAGAAAGCAAAUGAUUCUGGAGAGAAAGAGAUAGGAUAUGUGGAGAGGACACUAGGUUUCAGCACACGCUAUUUGGAGGACAGGGAUAUAAGACUGGUUACCGUCAUAGUUGCUGGAACUGUGCGUUGGAAACGCUACCUUGAUUAUCUAAUCAUGUCGCUAUGCAGUGAGGAGAAGGUUUUCAGGGAGAUGGAGCCACUGCUCCUGCAGAUAUUGAGAAUUGGCUGUUUUGAAAUUCUCAAGCUUGAUGUACCUGCUUAUGCUGCAGUUAACGAGAAUGUAAGGCUUGCUAAAGUAGCUUUAAGGCCUGGUGCUGGGAAUAUGGUGAAUGCAAUUCUGCGUAAACUUGUAUUGCUAAAGGAGACAGACUCUCUUCCUCUUCCAAAGAUAGAAGGUGAUGAUCGAGCCCAAGCUCGUGCUGUUUCUAUAAUUUAUUCUCAUCCUGUUUGGAUGGUGAGAAGAUGGAUACGAUUUCAUGGAAAAGAUGAAGCUCUAAGAUUGAUGAAUUGGAAUAACAGUGACCCUCAUUUCAGUCUAAGGGUGAACACAUCAAAAGGCUAUACUAGGGCCGACCUUAUAAAACGAUUGGAAAGUUUACAGGUUCAUUAUGAAGAAUCAAUUAUGGAUGAAUUUGUCCGUGUUCGGGAAGGGAUGCAGUCAGUCUUACAAGCUGGACUACUGAAAGAUGGCAUUUGUGCUGUGCAAGAUGAGAGUGCAGGCCUUGUAGUGUCUGUGGUCGAUCCGCAACCUGGGGAAACAAUUGUUGAUUGCUGUGCUGCACCUGGUGGAAAGACUCUUUUCAUGGCAUCACGGUUGUCAGGAGAAGGGAAGAUAUGGGCUCUGGACAUAAACAAAGGUCGCUUGAGAAUACUCAUGGACGCAGCAAAGUUACACGGUCUAGAUGAUAUGAUCGUUGACAUCCAUGCUGAUCUUCGACUAUACGCUAAGGAAACCACUGCUAAAUAUGACAAAGUAUUGUUGGAUGCUCCAUGCUCUGGCCUGGGAGUCCUUUCCAAGAGGGCGGACUUACGUUGGAAUAGACAGUUGGAAGAUUUGGAAGAGUUGAUGUGUUUACAAGACGAGCUUCUUGAUUCGGCAUCAAUCUUGGUAAAGCCUGGUGGUAUACUAAUCUACAGUACGUGUUUAAUUGACCCUGAAGAAAAUGAAAAGAGGAUUGCUGCUUUUGUUCAGAGGCAUCCGGAAUUUGCUCCUCAGAGUGUAUGUGGGUAUGUUCCUACAGAAUUUAUCACAGAUGAAGGUUUCUAUUCCUCAAAUCCAACUAAGCACUCUAUGGAUGGGGCAUUUGCUGCACGUCUUGUCCGGUCAUUGCACUAA